AGAAUAGAUAUGAGUGUGAGUGAAUGAAAAGAGGUUUCAGCUUAUUCAUUCCUCUCUGCAACUCAAACUCUCCAUUAGCGCCGCCACGCUCACUCUCCUGCGGCGUUUCCUUCUUCUCAUCUAGAUCUCAUCUCUCCACCUCCUCCGCCGCCAUGUCAGCACCUGACACACAACAAGAUAUUCACUGGCCUGCCAAGCGCGUCAGAGAUACCUUCGUCAAGUUCUUCGAAGAUAAGAAUCAUGUCUAUUGGAAGUCUAGCCCCGUCGUCCCCUUCAACGACCCUACUCUCCUCUUUGCUAACGCCGGGAUGAACCAGUACAAGCCAAUUUUUUUGGGGACUGCUGAUCCUAACACUGCCUUGAGCAAACUCUCUCGUGCUUGCAAUACCCAGAAGUGCAUUCGAGCAGGUGGCAAGCACAAUGAUCUUGACGACGUGGGGAAAGACACUUACCAUCACACGUUCUUUGAGAUGUUGGGAAAUUGGUCGUUUGGGGAUUACUUUAAAGAAGAAGCCAUUACCUGGGCAUGGGAACUUCUAACUAAAGUUUAUAAAUUACCAUCAGAUCGCAUUUAUGCUACAUAUUUUGGUGGUGAUGAGAAAGUUGGUCUUUCCCCUGAUAUUGAGGCUAGAGAUAUAUGGUUAAAGUUUUUGCCUCCUGGACGCGUGCUUCCUUUUGGCUGUAAAGACAAUUUCUGGGAGAUGGGUGACACUGGUCCUUGCGGACCUUGCACCGAAAUUCAUUUUGACAGAGUUGGUAACCGAGAUGCUGCAUCUUUAGUCAAUAAUGACGAUCCUACCUGUAUUGAGAUUUGGAAUCUCGUCUUUAUUCAGUUCAAUAGGGAGGCUGACGCCUCUCUUAAAUCCCUGCCUGCAAAGCAUGUUGACACUGGAAUGGGUUUUGAACGAUUGACCUCUAUUCUACAAAACAAGAUGAGCAAUUAUGACACCGAUGUCUUCAUGCCCAUCUUUGAUGCUAUUCAGCUGGCAACUGGUGCUCGGCCAUAUACUGGAAAAGUCGGACCAGAGGAUGCAGAUAAAGUUGACAUGGCAUACAGGGUUGUUGCAGAUCACAUAAGGACUCUGUCAUUUGCAAUUGCUGAUGGAUCUCGACCUGGUAACGAAGGUCGUGAAUAUGUUCUGAGGCGUAUACUCCGUCGAGCUGUUCGAUAUGGACGUGAAGUGCUAAAAGCUGAAGAGGGUUUUUUCAAUGGGCUUGUAAAUGUUGUGGCAAAUCUACUGGGUGAUGUUUUCCCUGAGCUAAAACAACAGGAAGUGCACAUUAGGAAUGUGAUUAAAGAGGAGGAGGAAAGUUUUGGCAGAACCUUAGUUAAGGGCAUUGCAAAAUUUAAUACAGCUGUUCAACAUGUUCAGGGAAACAUACUGAGCGGGGAGGUAGCGUUUGAGUUGUGGGAUACAUUUGGGUUCCCAUUAGAUCUCACACAGGUAGGCUUAUUGCUUCACAAUAGUGAGCUGUAUGAAAUUGUUCUUCUAUUAUGCUUUUUUGUUUUUGUAUUUCCUAACAUUUCUAUUUAUCAGCUUAUGGCUGAAGAGAAUAAAUUACAAGUUGAUGUCGAAGGUUUUAAUAGUGCUAUGGAAGCUGCAAGACAAAGAUCAAGAACUGCUCAAAAUAAGCAAGCUGGCGGUGCUAUUGUCAUGGAUGCUGAUGCUACAUCAGCGUUGCAAAAAAGAAGCAUUGCUCCAACAGAUGAUAGUUUCAAAUUUGUUUGGUUCAAGGACCAUGAGAGUGUGGUAAAAGCCAUAUAUACUGGUUCUCAGUUUGUCGAUUCUGUUAAUGCUGAUGGUGAUGUUGGGGUAAUUCUGGAAUCUACAAGCUUCUAUGCUGAGCAAGGUGGUCAGAUUUUCGAUACUGGGUCACUUGAUUUCCAACAUGCGUCAUUUCAAAUUCAUAAUGUUCAAGUUUUCGGAGGUUUCGUGCUUCACAUUGGUAAUGGGACAGGUAUCUCUGUUGGCGACAAAGUAGUAUGCAAGGUUGAUUAUGGAAGACGCUCCCUUAUAGCCCCUAACCAUACAUGCACACAUAUGUUAAAUUUUGCUCUUAGGGAAGAACUUGGCGAUCAUGUAGACCAGAAAGGAUCUAUUGUUCUUCCUGAAAAAUUGAGAUUUGAUUUUUCUCACGGCAAGCCUAUUGGUGCUGAUUCUUUGAGGAAAAUUGAGUCUACCGUUAAUCAGCAAAUUGGAGCUGAAUUGGAUGUAAAUGCGAAGGAGGUAACUCUCGCCGAUGCAAAGGGUAUUAUUGGUCUUCGAGCUGUUUUUGGAGAAGUAUAUCCUGAUCCAGUUAGAGUUGUGUCAGUUGGACCUAAAGUUGAAGAUCUCCUUGCUGAUCCUAAGAACGAAAAAUGGUUAUCUGUUUCAUCUGAGUUGUGUGGCGGUACCCAUAUUUCAAACACACGAGAGGCUAAAGCUUUUGUAAUUUUAACCGAGGAGGGAAUUGCUAAAGGAAUCCGCAGAAUAACCGCUGUCACAACUGAUCGUGCUUCUGAUGCAAUGAAAUUGGCAGAUGAAUUUGAGCAGCAAGUAGAUGAAGCAGCUAAGCUGGAAGGAAGUUUGCUGGAAGAGAAAGUUUCAUCUCUGAAAGGCAAUGUGGAAACGUUAUCAAUUCCUGCAGCUAAGAAAGCUGAAAUCAAGACCAAGAUAGCCCUACUUCAGGAUCAAGUGAGAAAAGCGCAAAAGCGUGUUGCUGAAGAAAACAAACGUAAAGCUGUAGCGAUAACAGCUGAGAAGGCUGAUCUAGCUGUUUCAGAUGGGAAAUCUUUUUGCAUAUCUCACGUUGAUGUUGGACUGGAUGUUGCAGCAGUUCGUGAGGCUGUUACAAAAGUCAUUGAUCAGAAGGGGUUGUCAGUGAUGGUUUUUAGCACGGAUGAAUCUACAAACAAGGCUGUAGUUUGUGCUGGGGUGCCGGAGAAAGGAGAUAAAGGUAAGCUGGAUGUAUCAGAGUGGCUGAGUAAUGCUUUGGGGCCACUGAAAGGUAGAUGUGGUAAAGGAAAAGGAGGUCUUGCAACGGGACAGGGUACAGAUGCAUCACACGUAAAUGAGGCUAUGGAUCUUGCAGUGAAAUUUGCAUCGGUGAAAUUGACUUGAUUCAAUGCAGUAUAUUCUUGUGGUGAAAGUGUGAUCCUGUGGCCAUAUUCCGUAUAAAUCAUUCAGAAGGGAAGAACACUUAGAAGUAAUCUGUUCAUCUGGAUGAAUUUUUAGGGCUAAUACUUUACAAAGUGUGCUUUGGUGGCAAAUAAUUUUUGUCUGUCUAUAAAAAGAUCACAAAUUUGUUCCGUGUAAUAACAAUUGCAAUGAAGCAAAAGAUAAUGCAGAUAUUCUGAUUGUAAUUUCAUCUAUUGAUUCAUGGAGGACACUUUGAAGUGAUUUAUUUAUCAA